AUGCUUUCACCCGUCAAUUGUCUGAGGGCAAAGACUCGCAUCUCCAGUCCUAGAAAAUUCUCCACCGCUCGCCAGUGCCUCACACAGCUGAAGAUCAACUCUGAUCGGCUCCAGGAGACUCUCCACUACACCUGUCAAUGGGGAGCCGCCAAUCGAUAUGGAGAGAAGCCCACUGAGACCGGUAUGAGCCGUCUGGCGCUCUCAGACGAGGAUGCACAAGUCAGGCGCUGGUUCCGCCAGGAAACAGAACGCCUCGGCUGCAAAGUCACCAUUGACCAGAUGGGCAAUAUGUUCGCCCGGCGGCCAGGCGCCCUGCGCUCUUCUGCCCCAAUGACAGCUAUGGGGAGCCAUCUUGAUACUCAACCUCGAGGUGGGAGAUAUGAUGGUAUCCUGGGAGUGGUAGCCGCCGUCGAAGUUCUCCGAACAAUGGAAGAGAACGGAUACCAGACACAGUAUGAUGUCGGUAUCGUUAACUGGACAAAUGAGGAGGGAGCACGGUUCCCGAAAUCGAUGGUCUCCUCAGCCGUUUGGGCGGGAGAUAUUCCAAUUGAAAAAGCCUGGGCCCUCCAAGAUAUCUCCGAUCCCUCAGUUACAAUGAAGAGCGAACUGGAACGGCAUGGAUAUCUUGGGGAAGUAGCAUGUUCUUCUGAUCCGAUGAAUGGUUAUCCGUUGGGGGCACAUUUCGAACUGCACAUCGAGCAAGGCCCCAUAUUGGAGCAGACGGCGAGGAAAAUCGGCGUCGUGACUGGAACUCAGGGCUACCGUUGGUUUACUUUCACUCUUACAGGUCGGAAUGCCCACACAGGAACCACGCCCUUUGAAAUGAGGAGGGAUCCAUUGCUUGCCGCCUCGAAAAUGAUCGCCUCCUCAAACGCCAUUGCCAAGAAGUUUGGCGGCCUCGCUUCCACGGGGAUAUUGAAGAUGCCAAUCGACUCUUCUACAAACACAAUCCCAUCAGAGAUCAGCUUCUCGCUUGAUAUCCGACACUCCGACGAUCGCGUGGUUGCAGCGAUAGAACAACGUUGUUUGCAGUCGUUUCGAGAUAUCGCUCAAGAGGAUGGUUCUGGAGUUGAUAUCUCUUGGACUCUCGAUACAGACUCCCCUGCAGCCGUGUUUGACAAGCAGUGCAUCUCAGCUGUAGAACAAGCGGCAAGCUCUCUAGUCGGGCCAGAUGGCUGGCUUCACAUUGCGAGCGGAGCUGGCCACGACAGCGUGGGCACAAGCAAGCGAUGCCCGACCACGAUGAUAUUUGUCCCCUGCAAGGAUGGGGUUAGCCAUCAUCCUGAGGAGUAUUGCAGCCAAGACGACUGUGUCAUCGGAACACAAGUGCUCCUUGAUUCCAUCCUCAUCUACGAUGGAUUUAGGGAAGGUAGAUUUGAGGGACCAUCGAGGGUGUAUAUGUAG